AUGUUCCUCGACUUCAGGUCCCGGGAAUACCGUUUGGAAGAGGAAAGGGCGGGGGCGGCGCUUCCCUCUAGAACAGCCGCCCAUGACCACCCCCUUGCCUCAGCUUCUUCUCCUUCUAUGCGAUCUUCAUCGGAAAGGGCAAGGACCGAGGCAUUCCAGAAGGUGAGUGAUUUUCAAACAUCAAUGUAAAAAACCUUCUACAUAAGCCUCCCAGAUAACCUUCCUCUUACGUUCUCCCAGCCUUUAUCUGAGGCAGCCAGAGGCUCAUGAGGAGCAGUGCUCUUCAACUUUUAAUUCCCAUACGCAGGCUCAAAGCCUUGCUUCCUUUGAGUCUCCGCCAACUUGUUCUUUGAUGAUUAAGGGGCAGGUCCUUGACAAGACUAGUGACAUCUAGCCGCUGUCUAGAGAUUUCCUUACAUGUCAGGAAGCAAUUUCCUUGUUGACUACACAAGUGACAGUAAUAAUGGUGCUAUGCUCUCUCAUGUGAUUCAUGUGAUUCGCUUUCUCCAUUUGGUCCAAGUGCAGUGUGAGACUGAGAAAUUGGAGUGCUUGAUGGGUGACCGAGCUUAUUCUUUCUGUACUCGCAUCAUACAAGAGCAGCCAAUAGAAAUGGAGUCUUUCUUACUUUAGUGGAUGGGUUAAGAAGUUGAUGUAUCACUUAUUUCACUUAAAAAAUGAUCACAUAUUUUGGCACAACACCAUACUUGUCGUCUGUUAAAUGCUUUGUGGUUGCAAAUAAUGGUCCGUUUCAUUUAGACGCUAUGUGACGACAUUCUACGCUACAGAAAGAAUGUUCCUACCAUUUGUCUUCGCAGGUGGAUUCUGCUGACUAUCAGAAUGUUGCCGUUAAUGACCCUCUGCGAGUUCACGGUGAUCAGAUCGGUAAUGUGGUAGACCCUUCGGGAGUUUUUAUGCUGAUUGAAUCAUCAGAUCAAAUGUACAAUGAUUUCCCUAGAAAGCGAUCAGAUGAAUCCGUCCAACACUCCGUGAAAGAAUGGGCCGUUUUCACAAAGGGUUUGUCACAGAAGUUUUCUCACAGCAGUAUGGCCAAUGUCACAGUGGUGAGUCCUAUCAUGCUCAUAAAUCAGUGAAGUUAAUUCGUUUCCCAGUUUUAUUGACGUUUUUAAAGGCAAUUUUUACGCGUCCUCAGAAGCCAUUUUUAAUUUAGUUCCUAAACGUUUUUUGAGAAAUGCUUCUCGUGCAUGCAAAAUUUUAACUGAAAAAUAUCCUUCCCUUUUAAAUUCUUUUCUUGUGAUUCUUAUUUACUAUGUUGCCUGAAAGAGAGUUGCCUUUUUCUUGAAUAAUGUCAAAUGGAUUGUGAGAGCUCUAAGAUACUUCAUUUUUAAUGCAGGCAUCUGAUAUCCUGCCAGGGAUUCUUAAAGGUAUUUUUCGUACCGUCAUGUGGCAUAUAAAAUUAAAUUAUUUAUUUGGAGAACGAUCACAACCUUAUGUUAUUUUGCAGCAAAGAUAAGCGAUAGCUUCAGCUACUGAUGUCGCUUUCUUUUUCGAAAACUAUUUCAGAGAAUGAGAGAUCUUCCAUGAGUAUGCAUCUUGACGGGAUGGAUGAUCCAGAAAAGGCUCUGGAAGAUGAGAAGAAAAUUGCGACAAAACAUGAAUAUAUUUCAAGGCUGAAGGAGCUAAAAAUUGAAAUAUGCCGUGCAUGGAAAAAUGAAGAUCGGAAUACAGCCUUAAAAUUAGCCAUCAAGGCAAGCAUUUAUAAUUAAGUUUUUCUGUACAUUUUCAAUGAUGUCCUUUCAAUUCAAAUGGAGUUUGGGCACGAAACUUAACCAGGAUUGCUUCAAGGUCGUCAUCCUCUUUCUUCCCACGAUCUUCCUCUGCAGAAUUCUCCAUGGUCAUCUAGUUCAAUACACUUCCUCUGGUCACCUGAUGCCUCAGAGAGCAAAUUCUUUGUCAUGUUUCAUUGUUUCAAGGUUUCCUGGGCAUAUGAGUUUUUAGAAGACAAAAUGAAUUUUAUUUGGUAUGCGCAUGAGUUUAUUGAGGGAUGGAUAAAAUAAAAUCUUAUUCUCUCCAUAGUCAUUACAGGGAAAUUUUCUGGGUUUUGAAUGAAGAGUUGGACGGGAGAAGAUUCGAUUAAUGUACAAUCCAUAUUAAACAUUAAUCUUGUUCCGUGCAGAUUGACUUGAUUUGAUUAAAGAGUUAGUCUGAAAGUUAUACCAAUCCAAAAAAAAGAAAAAAACCUGACGAAUACAUUGAUUUAAACUGUGAAAAGAUCACAUGACUAUCAUGAGAAAGCAAAUAAUUGAAUAACUUCAAUGGUUUUCUGCAUUAAAUACUUCAGUCAAUGUGUAUGCAUGAUCUGGACUAUAAAAGUGCGAAGUCUGCGGUGUGUUCUGUUACGAGCGAACUUCUAUCUCUGCAGCUCAAGUGCAUGUGAUAAGAUGGAGAUUUUUGUGAAUUCUGACAUUGGCUUUGACGAAAAAAGGUUCUGACAUGGGUUUUGAUGUUAUUCUUAUUGAGGUAGUUUUCAAAAUGGGUUUCAGAUGCUUUCCAGUGUUCCCUAUAACUUCAUGGAGAGCACAUGCUGAAAACAUCAUGAAAAUACUGACAGGGAUUUGUGAAAGUUCCUAAUUAUGAAAUUCUAGCUAUUCCUGUCUGUUGCUAAUAGGGUAAAAUGAUUAACCUAAAAACGUAAAUUCAAAAGGAUGAUAUACACAUGUAAUGGAUCUCAACAGUCUUAGUUUUCUUGUAUCCAACACAUAAAAUGACCAGUCACCUUUUAAAAAAAAAGUGCUGUGUGGAUUCAUGACUGAAAAGCAGAAGUCUUGUGAUCCGAAGCUAUUGUAUCUGAACUUAAACUGAAAGAAACAUCAUUUGAUUGUAUUAGGGUCUUUGCAGUAUACAUGGCAUGUUCAAGUGACAUUUUAAAUUGAAUGACUUAUGUGGCAUAUUUUCUCAUUAAAAUGGACAGUCUGCAGUUUUUCUUUUCAUCCAUGGAAAAGUAAGCAAUUUGAUGUGAUGGGUCCUCUUGUUCAAAGGUUUAAAUAGGCUUAUAUUAUGUCUUUGAUCUUCUCAUCCACUAUAUGUUUUUUAGGAUGUUGUUUUGAUCUAACCUAAUAUUGUUUCCAUAUUUUGAGACUAUGGGUAACCAUACACGUUUUACAGGACGGCUUCAACUUCUUUCUCUCUCUUCACAUUUGUCUGUCUUUGCACGCACCUUCGUUACUAAUUUUAUGCCAUUAAUACGAUCUGCGAGAUAUGUGGACCAAGGAUCUCAUUAAUCAAAACUUCUACUUUCGUUACUAAUUUUAUGUCAUUAAUACGAUCUGCAACAUAUGUAGACCAAGGAUCUCAUUAAUUAAAUCAUCUUGCCCCAAAGGACAUGAAGCAAACCACUUAUUAUUAGUUCUGAAAUAGACGUGUACUAGAAAUACUGUUGUUAUUACUAGCCUUUAUCCUUAUUUGCCUUUUUCUUAUUGCAGGUUGCAAAGUUUCUGAGUGACACAUCUCUUUUCCAGUUUUAUCCUGUGUUAUUUGUUUUAGUGACAGAGAUAAUGGAUCUACUUGGGGAUUUGGUAUGGGAUCGAAUUAAAAGAAAGGCUGAAUGGACUGAUGAUGGAAAUUUUAUUUGUGCUUUGCAAGGUGGGUUCCCUAUUAAUUAGUGAAUCAUUCAUCAUUUAUUUUUUUCAUCUCUCGAUGGAUGUGGAUAUAUUUUUUUUGUAAAGAUAGAAAAGGACAUUUUUCGUCUCCUGAUCUCAUGUAAUAGUGAAAGUUGCACCCUGACUUUUUGGUCAUCGUGGUUCCUGUUGGGUAAGCUAUCUGUUUCUUGAGGGGAACGGUUUGCUCAGUUUCCGAUCACAUGAGAAAGCUCCAGGCAGUCCGAUUGUUCUAACUUCACAAAAAAGCAUGGAGACAAUUUGUGAACUCACUAAAACCUCUCCCAGGUGGAAGAGAAAUUGAGGCCUUAGAAGGAGUUGUUUUCUGGAUCUCCUAUUUAGGGGCAAUGACCCCCCACUGAUGAAAAGAAGUUGCUGCACUUUUUGAGUGGUCUUUGAAUUUUUAUUUAUGCCAUCCAAACUAGGUCUUUGAUGCUUGAACUCAGAAGGUGAAAAAAAAUGAGUGGAUCCUGCUAUCUCUGUUCCUAUUUGAACAAAAUCUGCAUCCACCAUCCGUGAGUUGGAGCCCGUAGAAAAACUAAAGUAAACAUAUUAUAUUCUCGGGGUUUAAUCUCCUACUUGAGAGACAAAAAAUGUAAGGAUUAUGACCAAAAAUGUGUUGAACAAGGAAAUUACUCAAUAUUCGGGGAUUUUGGAAGCAUUUCAAGGCUUAUGGAUACUGAAAGACUGAAGGUUGAAAUAAAGGAUUGGCUGAUGAAGAGUGUCCUUAUCUGUUGAUUGGUAUCCCAAAUGUCUGAUGAUGGGAUAUUUUUCAUGAUUUUGGAAUAAGACCAGAAAAGAACUUGUUAACCCAGAUUUUUGUUCGCUAAUAAGUGAGAUACAAUGAACAUCUUAUGGUGCUUCCUCAUUAAUAAUGUUAAUUUUUUUUGCAUAUAUUUGUGUGCACAUCUAUUAGCCUUUUCUGCUUAACUUAUGGAUCCUGUCGUGGUUUCAUUGAGCAAUGUUUAUUGACCUCUUAGAUGAAUCGUUCACUAUCUCUGUCACUGUAUGGUGCUAGUGGUGAUAGUAGGUAGCAUCUUUAUGAUAUUCUGAGCGAUGAAUGUAAUCCAUGCAUCAUGUGUGACAUCGUUCAUGUUUUGUAAUUGAGUACAAAUGACGGAAUUGAAGUUCAGGUCUUGGUUAGAUUCUAGUUUUUGCUUUUUGCUAAAUAAUGCCGUUCGCUUAUUUACUGACUGGAAUUUGCAUACGUGGGCUAAAGCCUGGACACCGUGCAGGCUGGGGAUUUCCUGAUCGAAAUGAUGAUAUUGUUUAGUUUUAGAAAAGGAUUGAUCCAAAGAUGGUACAUUCUAAUCUUUUUGGACGAGGAUUAGACAUAGGGAAAGAUUGUUUCCAUGCUGCUGUUAUGUUUGGAUAGUUAGUUCCCCACCAUGCUUCCUCUUGUUGGGAGAGUCAAGAUAAUCUUUAUUGAGGGAGAGAGUACGCGGAUGAUGCUCCGAGGCACUUUAGACCUCUGGUCAAUGAAUAUUAUAGUGAACAACAUGGGAGGAAUCAUGUGUACCCAGGGGUCUAAUUAUAUCUACUCUAAUUAAAAUCUUUACCUCAGUUGUCAAUUUUAUUGUCUGGAAAUGAUUAAAACUCACAUCUAUAGUCAUAGGGACAUUGAUUAUAGAUCUAAAUUUUACUAUUUAUUUGUCGGAGCUCCUCCCGCCUUGGGCUAGGGCACAGCCACUGGAACCAGCAGGAGAGCCGCCAGAAAGUGAGAGAGAGAGAGAAGAAAAGAACUUCAUUACUUUAGGGUUAGGUUCGUGACCCUUUAAUACAUGAUUCCUGACUAUCGGAUUGUGUGCCGGGUAUAAGUGGUUCGAUCCGAUACCAAUAGGUAAUUAGACUUAGUAAGCCUAAUAACCUUAUUCCCACAUGUAACCCAAUAUCACUAUUCUAACAUUAUUCAUGUUCACAUGAUUACUUUAUAAUUAUGUUUCUUCUUGAUUUCAGAUGACUUUGUGCCUGGAGAUGUUUCUUUUGAUGCCAAAGAGUUAUGCUAUAAUUGGUUUGCCAAAAUUGGUUCCAUACAUGAGCUUCUUCCUCGCAUGUAUGCCUCACUACCUUCUCUAGCUUUUUAAUUAUAUUAUGAACUUAGACCUUUAGGGUAUCUUAAACAAUUUGGUUAAAUCAACUUUCGAUGGCUUUCUUCAUUUAGAACAAUUGAGAUCACCUCAUCAUGGUCUGAUCUCCUCUCAUGUCCUAAAAUUUACUGUUCGACAUUAUCAAACACAAGGUUUAAUCUAGUAAGAAAUUUAAAGAUAGGUCGCUUUUAUAUGAAAUUUUGCAGAAUAACAAGUUCACUAGGAUUUUCAGUCUCAAGAUUGAGAUAAUAAUCAAGUUUUUGUCGUAGGUUUUUCAAUUCCCCAGCAUAUUCCAUUACUGACUUGGAUCCUUGAGCAAUAGAGAGAGAUUUGUCUCCAAUUCAUAUGUGUGACUCGUUAUUUUUCUUCAAGGAUUUUGGUCUGAAAUGUCUCCCCUAAGUCCUUGGCAAUAGCCAUGAAAAAAAACCUGACUAAGUUGGGGAAUUAUAGUUCUCCAUAUCCAAGUCUUUAUCAAGGUAUCCUCCUUCUGCCACCUCCAAAAUUGACGUGACGAGUGGUAUUAUUUCAUAUCCUCCAGAUGAUGUAACAUCCUUCACCCAAUCAAAACUUCCCUAAUGUAUUCGGACCACUAGAUUAGGUUAUAACCAGUUAACUUGAAUUUCUUGUGCAUAUCAGGGAGUUCUACCACCAGUCUUGAUGUUCCAGAAUUAGAAUCCAUCAAGGCAUGUCGCCUACUUCUGACAUAAGCUUAAGAAAAGAAACAAGAAGAGGUGCACAAGUUGGUUUUGUCAUCAAUGACCAGACGUCCUCAAGAAAGGGUACACAAAAAAAUAAAUCUCCCACACAGAGAGAAAGAUAAAAAAGGAGCAAUCACACCUUGAUUGACUUUGAUACCAUGCCAAUCCUCAUUCACUUUCUUCAUGCACUUGAGAAGGUAUCCAUUCGCCCAAGAUGGAUGGAGGUUGAAUUCGAGAAUGAAGAAUAAUGUUUUUUUCCAUGUUACAACCCACGGCGGGGUUCUAGUAUUUAUAUCUGACCCUCUCAAAAGGUUCUAGACACCAGAACUCAGAAAAGAAAAAACAUGACACAUUACGCGUGAGACAAUAAAGAGAGACGUGAGGUACAAUAAUUUGAGGUACUCCAACAGACAUUUUGAUUACCUUCUCAUCAGGGCCUUGAAACUGAUGUAAAGGAUCUGUACAACUAUGCAUAGUAUAUUGAGAGGGAGAUACAAUAAAGAUGAUGAUUGGUGAUCAAUUUUUUACUCAAUUUCCACAUGUUUUAUUGCUUUGGAUAUGUUAAUGAGGAACAUGCUUGAUUUAAGUGGAUUUUUUGGGAAGAUGACUGCGAGGGGAUAUAAUUCGUCAAGAGUUCUGGUUGUUUAAAAAUUCAGCAAGUUAAAAUAGCAAUAAGAUUAUCCUUGAUGAAUUGGAACAAUUGUUCAAUUCAUUGUGCUUUCGUCUGAAAUUGUAAAUAUCACUUAUUACUAGUUAAUCAAACAAUUGAGGUCAGUGAACUUCUAAAUUAAAGGACAGGUACUAUUAGGAUUUUGUCUUAAUAUUUGCUAUUAAUGCGACAAAAAUUGGACUCAGUUUGUGCAAUCGUAUGAGAUAAUGUGUAUUCCGACUUGUGUAAAAUAAAGUGUACUACAACAGUGCAACAAAAUAUUGAAAUAUAUAUUUAAUAAGGGAAUGUCCUUAAUGUUUUCCUACUAAUCUCAUUUACUUAAGAGAUGACAAGGAUUUCGUAGUAGGUGAAAUUACUACUAAAUGAGUUGAAUGGCCAAAUAAUUUUAACAAGAUCAACGUAUUAGUAGUAGAUAUAUAUCAGUCAAAGAAGGGGCUCAAAUGCCAUGGAGACAAUUUAUGAGGUAUUGUAUCCUUUUGCUGAUUUUGAUUGUACAGGGGAGACGUUGCCACCUAGGCUAUCAAAGAAUGAUGAUGAUAAUUCAUUUGAUAACAUUAUUGAUGAGAUCCACUGGGGUUGAAAACAUUUAUACUUGAAUUAGUUUACUCCUCGUUACACCUUUUUCAUCCCAAUGAUUCAUUUUUUAUUAUCUUUCAAUAUCUACCAGUGGAAUGUUUGUUCUAGUUCCCUAGUAUUGAUGUUGUGCUACUUCAGAGCUGGUGGAAUUUAUUCCAUGAGAUCACAUUUUUACUGAUAAAAUUCAAAUUUUCUUUUUCCCCAUAGUGCUUUCCUAGAUACUUUCAUCUUCUAAUGCUUGAAGUCUGAAUUUGUUGUCUUUUGUCUAACUUUUUACGACCAUUCAUUUGAUAUAAAUGAUUCUUCAGAUAUCUGGAACUUGCCAUUUUGCGUUGUUGGCGCUUCCUGGAGGAAAACCCGUCAUCCUACCUCAGGCGACUGACUAUGAUGAUGAGAGGAUUAGCAGAUCCUGUGACAUCUGCUUACUGUCAUUUAUAUAUGGUUCACUGUGUUCAGAGUCUGGAUCCUGGUGACGUAGGUACAUCCGAAUAGGCAAAUGCAAAUGGAAGUUCCUUUUUAAACCUGAUAAAUAAUUUAUAUUUUUUCCAUGUAUUUUAAUGCUUGUGAAGCCAAAAAAAAUUCUCUCAACAAAACUGGCAUAUUAUUGUUGGGCCAGAUUGCCUGUUAUACUCGAUAUUUGGUGUUUCUAGGGUUCUGAACUAGCUGCUUUUGGAUGAUUAUGAUAAGAUUUGUCAAUGCUUUCAUGUAUCUCUCAUUUAAUACUAAAUUGAAAGUACAUAAACAAAAAGAAAGGGGUAAAAAAUAUAUAAAAGAAAUGCCUACACAAGGAGGGACUACAGUGCAUUAAAAACAUCUUUGUUCAAAAGUAUGAUGAAUGAUCGUAUCUAAACUGAUGGGAAAUUCGUGACUGUUUAUAUGAUUAUAUCAACUUCGUGAUUGGCAAAAUUUUCAACGUGUUAGAUAGCCUUGUUUUUACUUGAAGAAUGUAAUGGGAUUAUACUCAUUGGUGUAUAUUACUUUCGUUAAAAUAGUUGAACCUAGCGACAGAGAAUCAUGUUUUUCGUUGAAGAUCUCGACACUAAUUUCAAAUUUCCCUGAGCUUGGCAUUCUCGUUUUUGGACCAGUAGGUCUGCAUGUUCCUUGGGUUUGAAAGAAGUUGAAAACUCAUUUAUUUACAGGAAAUCUGACUGCUUUAACUUUUAUGAUGAGGAAUAGGCGAAAUUCUUUGGUCAUGGAUCCUUGAUGGGUGGCUUUGAUUUGCUGAAAAUCUGUUGGUGUUUGAAACCAUUCACAAUGCUAGUCGAUAUUCAACGUGAAUAAAUGCAUUGGCAGUGACCAAUGCCAAUAUCCAGAUGUUUUUCUGACAACAUUCAGUAACCUAGCUAUUGUGGACAAGCUGCGACUCAUUGCGUUUUAUGCAUGGUGGUCGUAGUAAUUUAAAUUUUAUAGACCUCAGCAAGUCUACUCUCGGAUGUGGAAUACACCUCCUGAUGUGUUGUCAACAUAAGAUCAGAGUUUCCUUCUACUGGCUAAAUUUGUGCUUGCUCCGAAUACAUGAUACUAUUUCAAAGGAGUCCGUUUGUAUAAUUAACUAUAAAAUUGUUCCUCGGAGAAUUAACUUUAGCAUAAUUCCAUAUCAGGCAUGUACUGCCUCUUCGUAACAUCAUAAUGACAAUAAUGAAAUUGCUCCUGAUAAGUUUUCUUAAUGCAUAAUUUGCUGCUAAAAUUUUCCAUUAUCUUUCUUACAUUAAUUUUCUGGUGAAUCACGUUACUGAAGUGUCUAGGAUCACUCGUGCGGCACAAAUUUGUCAUUUAUUGCUCCUAGUCAACUUAGAAUUUUAGUGAUCCAAAGCAUUCAAUUUAUUGUCUUCGGAAAGGCAAAUGGAAAGGCUGUUGUUUAACAAAGAGAUUUCUUACUGAGCACUUGUUAUACCUUCGGAGUCUGUGUGUUAGACCAAGCACUUGUUGGACCUAUAGAGUAUACCCAGUGCUCGUUAUACCUACAGAGUCUGCAAGUAAAACUAGUUUAUGUGAUCUUUAAAAAUCAUCUGCAGUGAAGUAUCAUCACUUGUGCCUUGAUGCACGAAUUCUAAUUCAAGAUUUUCUACAUCAAUAACUUCUUUAUGAAUCUGAGAUAGUAUUUAUGUACCUCCCGACAAGAACCAUCAACCCUUGGAAAUAUUUUCAUUCUUACUGAAAGUUAUUUGUUUCGUCUUUUUUAUGUUUUAGGCUGUCAUGCAUGGAUUUUCAUAAUCAUUUUAAAUUACAAACAGAUGGCUUGGUUUGUCUAUUUAAUUCUCAUUAUUCCGCCUGCAUAACAUUAUCGCGUCAUACUUUGGCAGGGUACCUGGUGAUUUCCAUCAAUGAUAUCAGCAUCUCAUUAAGGAGGAUCAUUAUUGAGAAAGAAAUAACUGGUAGUAAUCUUGGUGGGAACAAGAGAUUGCUCAUAUCCUUGUUGGAACCUGCUAUAGAGUGGAUUAUGAAAGUCAUGUUAAAGGCUGAGAAACAUGUAUUGAAUGACUUUUUGCUUGUUUUACUCUUAUCAGUAGAUGGAGCUAUUUUUAUAAAUUGAUUAAUUUACUUAGUUAUCCAUGUUUUGAAAAUAAAAAAUUAGCUCGACUAAUGCAGAUUGCAUGUUGGAUGUAGAAUGCCCAAGACAUUCUUAUCAAAUUCGGAUUAAGCAAAAAUAUUUCCCAGUCAAAUGAGAUAACUCCAUGUUUGUCAGUAGUACUUCAUUAUCUUCUGAAGGAGCUUCCGGGAAAUAUUGUUCUCAUAAACGCCUUGGAGCUUUUAGAGCUUAUUAAGUGCAGUAGUGAUAUCUCAUUUGAACAGGUAUACUGUUAAACGAAUGUAUACGAUUUUGUUUUGCAGUGCUUAGUUGUUGUGAUAAAUGUGGUUCCUUCAUUGCCAACAUUGACUGUUGUUUGCAGCAUUUGAAUUUCAGGUUGCUUGGCCUCAAACUUAGUGAAAGCCAACUCUCUGUCAACCACUCAGACAUUAUUGUAAAGAAAGUCCUCCAAGUAUUAACGUCACAUCUCCGAAUCUCCCUUUUCCUGCUUUGUUUACAUCUAUGUCUUGAUAUACUAUAACUACUUUGCACAUGCACUUGAAAUAACCGACAUCCGUGGAGUGUUUUGUGAUUUUUAUGCUACUGAAGAGUUGACUGUGAUAAUUCCUGUAGAAGAUUGCACUUACAGAAUGUUGUUUUCAAUUCGUUUUUGUUUGGACUUAUAUUGGUUCAUUAUGCUGUAUUCUUCUUAUUUAAACUAGUUAUUGGUGUUGAUGUGAAGCUAUUCCAUUCGUAGUAGCAACAAGAGCAUGCUUUAGUCUAGAUACUAGGAUUUUCUUUCCAAAAAAAUAACAUGGGAAAAUCACUUCGACACUUUAACUUUCGCAUUGCAAACUUUUCUGUAAGCACAUAUGUACGAAUCUACAUUUUACAAAAAGCAUCUGGAAGAUUCUAUAUUCUACGAAUCUUUGCUGCUUAGCAUAAAGUGGGAAUAGCUCGCUUGAAUACCUAAUAAUUGUUGUUUGAAUAGCUGGUGUAAUCGUCACUCUCACCCAUACAUAUGUUAAAAUGCUUAUAUAUCGUCUUUCUUAUCCCUUAUCAACAUUGUAAAAUAUAUUCAUCAAGAAAGUUCAUCAUCAGAAUAACUCUCUUGGGGAUUACUCAUCAUCUGGGUAUCAGUUUCAUCUUUUAAGGUGAUCUUAUAUCAUGGCAAAACUAUUUCUCUAUUUAAUGAUGCUCUUUUUUUCUGUCUAGAAAAGUUAAUAUUUUUUGCCGUCCUUACUAAAUGUAUUACAUGUUAGACUCUAUGAUUUAGUUGUUCGGACUUAUGUGACACCAUCAAUGCAUAAUAUCUAUGUAACCUUUGUCAUUUUGGCAAUUUAAAUGGCAAAGUCUCUAGUUGACCCUACUGAUUAAAACAAUGUAUGAUUGCCUUCUUGUAGCAUAAUAUUUCCCUUUGAUGGCUACGAGGAGUUGACUGUAUCAUAUGAAACAUCGCAGGUUGUUUCUCAGUAUGAUGGUCUUGCUGAAUAUUUGAUCGUCUUGGAUGCUUACUUUGAAAUUAUCCUUCAAAAUACAGUGGUAUUGCUAGUUCCUUUUAAAUUAUUUCAUUUUUUAUUCUUUAUUCCUUAUGAAUCAAGGUUUUACUUUUUGCUUUGGCAUGAGGUCAAGAAGUAUUAUUUAUUUCACGACCAUCUAGUUCUUUGUGUAGUCCAAGAUUGACUAUAUGGUUGUUGGGGUGCCCUAUCAUUACCCUGAAAACCUAUGCAGAUAUGUAACCACACCACUAAAACUUCUGGGGUUUUAGGGAGGUUAUGGGUCUAAAUGUUUUAUUAAAUUUUUGUUUAUGGAUCUUUAUAUCUUGAGCGAAAUCUUUAAUCUGUCUGAAUAUUUUGGUGUCUGUGUAUGGAUAACAUUAAAAGUGAACAAGAGAAUGAAGUAAAUCGAUAAGUUUAUAUGAAGAUGGAGUACAUUACUUGACCAUAUGAAAUCCAUUGCACUUCUCUGGUACAAAAUGCUUUUGCGUAUACUCUUCACUAUGAUUGUAGAGGUUAGAUUUGUUUACUUCAACAGAGUGAGCCACCUCUUAGUUAUAACCUAUGUGUUACUAGACAUAAUUUCUGAUAGAUAUUCGAUGUUGUUUUUCUAGUCAUUAAUGAACAAAUGUCUCAUUAUAUGCUUUAAAUAAUUCAUGUGCAUUCCCAUCUAUUGGUAUUGGGCGUUAGUUGGUAUUGUCUUCUUCCUUUUGGUAAAGUUUUCAUGAUAAUGCCUAUUGCUUCAAUGUUAUUUUCCUUGAAACAGAUGUUAAAUAUUCACUGCCAUUUUCUGUUUAUCAUGCCUUUGCUGUUUCAGGAUAGUUCUGUCUCUUUUGUUUUAGAUGGUGUCGUGAAGCGAGCAGAAAAUCAAAGUUUAACAGGGAAUGAAAUGGACAGUUUACUCUCCAUUCUCGUAAAGGUCAUCCAUAACCUCAAUGGUUUAGAAGAUGUGCUUGCUCUGGUAUGUGAUAUUAGAUGAAAUUCAUUCCUUUUCAAUUUUUUAUGCACUCCAUUUUUCUGAAAGGCAUGUAUUACCGUUCAUUUUUCUGCAUGUAAGCAAAACACUAGAGAAAAUAAGCGUCUGUUAAUUUUAGUAGGGUCUGAAGUGAGCAACUUAUAUGUCUACGGAUCUUACUAUCACAUGCAGAUUCCACAAUCUAUAAUUUUUGUGCAUUUUUUUUGAUAAACCUUAUCCAAUGAGUUUCCUCUUUCUUUAGCCAGUUUCUAAAGUUUUAAUUAUGUGUACCCUUUUGAACAUAAUCGUGCCUCAAAAUAGUGAGUGGCAUAACGACUUGAUUGAGGUUUGGGAUAGUAUGCUGAUACGAUCCUCAAAAAGAUGUAAUACUUUGUAUUGAACCCAUGAACCCUCUCCAGCGGCGAGAGACAAAAUGAUAGGAAGGACGACCUUCCCAGGUAUAGAGACGAAAAGGGAGAAGAAGAGUAAAGUGGGGAACAAUGUUCAAGAGGGUUCCCCCACCUCACCUGAAUACCAACUUUGCCGCCCUAAAUCCCAUCUUCUUGUGCUAUACUUAUAGUCUCGCUCAUGUGCUGCGCGCGUGCUCCUUUCUUACACCUUUUGUAGGUUAGUAGUGGAAUUGUAUCAUUACUCCCCUUUGUCAGAUUCACCUGAUCCUAAAGGUAAAAUUUUGGAAAUUGACGUGUGAGGUUGUAGGCCAGUUCCCAUGAAGAUUCGUGAUCUGGUAGCUUAUUCCAUUUCACUAGUACUUUUGGGCCUGCAGGGGUCAUUCGCAGCCCUAGAAUUGAUUGAGGUUGGACCUACCAUUCAAUGUCUGAGCUUAGUGAAGGUGGAAGUUGUUGGGAAAGAUUUGUUGUUGCUAACGCUCGCCGUAGUUGAGAGGUAUGGAACACAAGAUGGAUUGAUGAUGACGGUGGUAGAUCCAACUUGUAUGCUGUUUGUCUCACGCAGGAGAUGAUCUUGUAUGAGCCAAAGAACUUCGGGGAGAAUUUCUCAUUCACUUUUCUUGCUAGAGAUUUCAUUUUGUAGGGGCGAAGUCAUAGGAAUACCUGAUCCUUGACAUGAAACUCUAUAGGUCCAGGUGUCGAUCUGCCUUGAGUUUCAUUUGAGACUGAAAAUUUCUCAAGUGUUGCUUCAACAAGUUUAGAAUUUGGUCUCGCUCCAGUAGUUGCUGGUCCACAGUAGAGAUGGGUGAAGGAUAAGGACCAUAUCACGACUAUAGACCACUUUAUAUGGAGCAGUCUUAAUGGAGUGGUAGGUAGUGUUAUAAGAUAAUUUUGCCAAAUGCAGCUAGGACUGUCAAUCCCUCAGUCGGUUUGAUACAAAACACCUUAGAGAAGAUUUAAUGACAGAUUUACUACUUCGGUUUGUCCAUCAGUCUAAGGGUGAUAGGAUGAUGACAUUUGGAGUUGAAUCCCUUAAAACUUGUAGAGUUUGCACCAUAAAUUAUUAGUGAAUACUUUGUCACGAUCUGAAACAAAGGAUUUGAGUAGGCCAUAAAGACAGACCACUUCUUUUGCAAAGGUAUGUGCCACUUGUGGUGUUGAAAAUAGGUGUUUUAACAGAAUGAAGUGGCUGUUUUUAUUGAGAUGAUCCACCACAAGUAAUAUACUGUCAAAACUAUUAGAUUUGGGUAGGCCUUCUAUAAAGUUCAUAAAAAGAUCUUCCCAUACUUGGUGACGGAUGGGCAACGGUUGCAAUAAACCUACAAGAGAUAUGGAUGAAAUUUUGUUCCUUUGACAUACUCUUUCAAAAUUUUCCACUGGUCCAUACUUGGUAAGAAGACCUUUCAAAAGAUGGUCUGAGUAAGUCUCUUGUAUGUGCGCAAAAAACCUUUAUGGCCUCCUAUUGGUGAAUCAUGGGCUUCUUUUAGUAUUGGUAUUAAGGAUGAAUCAGAUGGUAAUACCAACUUGUUUUUGUAUAGCAAUAUGCCAUAGUGUAGAGAGAAAUGAGGUAUUUCCGAUUUCCUUUGGUCAAUAAUUCCACAAUAUGAUAGAGUGUGGUAUUUCGCGACACUUUCUAUUAGACGAUAACUAGAUCUAGUAGAUGGGUUGGGAGAUUGAAGUCAUCCUCAGGUCCCUCAUGUGAGGUGCUCGGGACAAGGCAUUAGUCAUAUUAUUAAGUUGUCCCUCCUUGUACUUGAUAAUAAAAUUGAAUCCCAACAAUUUAAUGAGCCAUUUGUGAUAUUGGAGAUGGACAUACCGCUGUUCAAUAAGAUAUUUCAGAUUAUAUUGGUCCGUUUGAAUGAUGAAAGGCAUGUGAAAUAAAUAGUGUUACCAUUUGUGCACUGCUUUGAUAAUGGCGAUAAAUUCCCUUUCGCAAGCUGAUUCAAGUUGAUGUUUAUAUGGAAGAACUUGACCAGUGGAAAGAAACUGGUCUUCUUGUCUGCAUCAGUACCCCACCUUCUCUAUGGCCUGAUACAUCUGUUUCAAGAAUAAAAGGUAAUGAAAAAUCUGGUAAAACAAGAACAGGUGUAGAAGUCAUUUUCUCUUUGAGUUGGAGGAAUGUGGCUUGAGAGGACGGAUUCCAUGUGUAGGAGUUCUUCUUGAGUAAUUGGGUUAGGGGCCAAGCAAUCGAGGCAUAGUUGGCCACAAAUUUCUAGUAAUACUCGUGAGGCCCAAAAAUUCCCUUAACUCUCUAAUAUUCUUUGGGGGAGGCCAAUUGAUCAUGGUUGAGAUCUUUCCUUUGUUUGCUGCCACACCUUCGGCAGAAAUUCAGUGGCCUAGAUAUUCAAUGCAAGGUUGGGCAAAUUUGCACUUGUUGACAUUGAUAUGGACGCUGUUCUUAGAUAGGACAUUAAAGAUCUGUGUCAAAUGUUCUUCGUGAUCUUGUGGAUUUUGGCUGUACACUAAAAGAUCAUCAAAAAAUAUGAGUACAAAUUUCUUUAGAAAGGGCCGGAACAAUUCAUUCAUAAUCAAUUGGAAGGUAGCUGGUGCAUUGGAGAGACCGAAAGGCAUGAUGAUAAAUUUAUAAUACCCAUCAUGGGUUUUAAAUGCAGUCUUUUAGAUGUCGAAGGCCUUAAUGCGAAUUUGAUAAUAUCCGGACUUUAAAUCCAGCUUAGAGAAGAUAUUCGUACCUUGCAACUCAUUGAUCAACUCAUCCACAAUAGGUAUAGGAUAUAUGUUGGGGAUUGUUACCUUAUUUAGGGCACAAUAGUCUACACAAAAUCGUCAUCCCCCAUCUUUUUUCUUCACUAAUAUGAUAGGGCUUGCAUAAAGGCUUUGUGAGGGUUAAAUAAAUCUUGUCACUCAGAGUUCUUGUAUCAGCUUUUUAAUUUCAUCCUUUUGGAAGUAGGAAUAUCGAUAUGGAUGUAGGUUCACUGGUCUGCUACUAGGAACAAUGUUGAUGGAAUGGUCCACCUCAUGCUCUAGCAGUAAUCUGAUUAUAAGAGAAAACACAGAUAAAAAUAAUUGUUUGAAUUUGGAUUCAAUUUCAGUGGUCUUAGUGGUACUCACUAAUUCGGGUUGUAGUUGCAUCUGAUGUAACUCCAAGAGAAUUGUAGGCUGUCUGCUAAUAGUUUUCUGCAACAUCUUUAGUGAGAGUUUUGAUUUGGACAGUUUCAAAUCUCUUGUGAGGACUUUUACCAUGCCAUUUACCACGAACUUCAUGAUUAACGUCCCUCAAUCAUGUCUAAGCCUUGGACUUGUAUGAAAAUACCCCUACAAAUUUGUUACCCUGGAGGGCCUCUCCAUUUCCCAUGAGAUUUCAUAAUUCAUAGUUUCUGUGUAAGGUACCUUGAGGCAUGCACCUAACUCCGGGCAUAUGAAAUUAUGCAUUGCACUUGAGCCAAUUAGGAUGGUGAUCACUUGUCCUUGCAAUGUCCCUUUCAUCUUCAUGGUUUUUGCUUGCGUGAGUCCCACCAUCGAGUUUAGGGAGACUUGUGCUGUGAACAUUGCUCCUUCUUUUGUUGGUUGAGACUCUUCAUCCCUGAAAUCCUGUAUUAUAUCCUCAAAAGUCCCCUAGUCAUCUUCAUGAACAAUAAUAAUUUUUAGUUGUUUUUUGUAAUGGUGUCCUGGGUCAAAUUUUUCCUCACCGUAAUAACAAUCAUAAUCCUUUUUCAUGGAGGCUUUGGUACUCCGCAUCAGUCAACGUGAUCUAUUUCCGGUACCUAUUGUCCCUCCUCGCUGCUUGUGGUGGGGAAUUGCUCUCAGACUUCCAUUCUAUGAGAGGAUUUGGGUGCUUAGUCUUCUCCUAUUCAUUAUACCAUGCAAGUAAAUAGUUAUCAGCGAAUUUACUGGAAGCAAUGUUACCUUGCCGGGAAGAUCUCAGUAAAUAUUCUCCCAGGCUUCCCAAGGAGUACGAAUGCAUUGUUCCGCUUCUAUUGAUACAUCCAUAAUUUUCAGUAGUUCCACUAGACCCAUACGGGCUAGCUCUACUUGAAUCUCUAGGUUUAAACCCUUCAUAUAAGUAUUCUCCAUGACCACAUCUUGGAGUUUCAGUAGAUAUGUAGAAAGACGCUUGUCCUCACCCCAGUAUUCUUUGACUAAUUGAUCUUGUUAGAGAUUCAAGAAUUUGUGGAAUAUGUUUCUCUCUACCGUAGUGCCAAAGCAUUUUCCCAAUUGCAUUCGGAACUCCUGCCAGUUAUAGAAAGGAUAUCUUUCGUCUUUCCAUAAGUACCAUUCCAAUGCUAGGCCUUUGAGCUUCAUCAUUGCCAUUCUAGUUGGCCUUGUUUUUGUACUUUGUUUAGCGUGAAGAACCUCUCUGCACAUCUUGACCAGGCUUUGGGAUUGUUCCCCGGGAAUAUUAGUAUUUUCUCUUUUUGGGUGUACUGUAAUGACUGUAUGACCAGAUGUAGCUUCAUUCGGAAUAUAUUCUUGAUGAGGCUAGAGAGGUGGUACCUCGUGUUGUGAUUCCGGUUGUGCUGGUCGGUAGCUUGAUGUCGGUUGCAGAUGAGGCUGUUCUUUUUUCUCCAAAGCCUCCAAUCUUGUACAUACUGUCAGCUGAAAUUGCUGCAUGUUUUGUAAGAGUUGACACAUCAAAUUUGUGGAUUAUUCCCAUGCUUUCUACAUGUCUUCGACCAUCCUUCUUUGGUCUGCUCGAAAGUUCUUGUUGUCUGCUUCUAGGGCUUCAAAGAAAUGUGCGUCUGAUAUCUUUGGUGCCAUAUUGCCCAUUGUUGCAAGAUCACUGCUUUGAUACCAAUGAUACGAUCCUCAAGGGUAGGAUCGAAUUUGGGCAAGCAGAAAAGAUGGAACACUUUGUAUUGAACCCAUGAACCCUCACCAGCAGCAAGAGACAAAACAAUGAGGACUACCUUCUCGGAUACAGAGACGAAAAGGGAGAAGAAGAGUAAAGUGGGGAACAAUGUUCGAGAGGGUUCCCCCACUUCUCCUGAAUACCAACUUUGCUGCCCUAUAUCCCAUCUUCUCGUGUUGUACUUAUAGUCUCACUCACGUGCUGUGCGUGUGCUCCUUUCUUAUGCCUUUUGUAGGUUAGUCGUGGAAUCGUAUCAUAUGCCUGGAGUCUCCUUUGAGCGUGGUAAGGAUAAAGUCAUGAGGUUGCUGAGAUUAAUAAGAAAAAAUCUACAUUAGAUGACGAUGAGAAUGCUGGCUCCAAUGCCUUAUCUACAGACCAGGCCAUAUGGUUCGGUGGUUGCUUUAGAUGAACCUCAGAGUAGAAGAUAGUAGUUGUGGUGUAGAGGUAUUACUUUGACAAAGCCCUAGAUGUUGUAGGCAUGCUUGCCACUGAAGAAAUGACUGACCAGUCAUGAUGCAAAAUAGCAAAAAGCUACGGCAUGGGGAGGGCGAAGCUCUCCAGCAGUGAAAGAAUUGUAGAGGAAUGAUAUGGGUAAAAAAGACAAGGGGGUGACCAUAUUUAUAAGGUGGCUAUGAUAUCAAGGGAAGAUAUCACUCAAUGAAUAGCAAUAUAAUGAUCAUCCUCAAAAAAGGGGCAAUCCAGCAAGUGGCCGUGUAUCCUUUAAGAUGGCUCCAAUCACAGAAAAAGAUAGAAUUGCUGUUGUGGUUCUGUGCGGCUAUGAUUAAAGCCUUAGCAGUUUCAUGUAUGAUAGUAAAGGAGAGGAGCACCGAGGAGAACUUCUAGAGGAAAUUACAGGCCAGAAAACUGAUGAGACCCUUAUCCUAAGAUUACUCUACGAAGCAAGAUAUAGAAAAUAAGGAAAAGAAAUUUAUUUAUGAAUUGUCUCUCCUCUAUAAAAGAGAAGUGAGGCCCUUAUACUAUGCUCUUUAUCAGAUGUCUAUUAGAUAUGUCAGUGCACAACAGCUAACUAUUCUAUCUCAAGUCGUGCUGAAAUUAUUUCGCCAUGCAACUUUCUCACCAUUAGAGAAUGGUCAUAGUAAUUUUUUGUUUAUUAUUUUUUUCAUCAAUUAAUCGUAAUAAACUUAUUUAAAUGUGCAAAUAAAGAAGUUAAAUAUUUUUUAUAGGUAAUUGGUAGCUUGAUCUAUUGCCAUGACCGCCAUUUUUAAAAGCAUGGCGAAUUAGGUUCUUCUGAUGGGUGCUUAACACUUUUACAUGAUCAUUUUUUUCUUUCCAGAAACAUUUUAUUCAGAUUUUUGAUUUAUUGAACGGUGAUCCACGCAUUACAGCGAGUAGGCAUAUCCUUGGUAAGGUGACAAGGUACUUCGUUCUGCCUUUUUGUGCGUAUCUGUGCUUAUAUUCUUUGCUGUAAGGCAUAGAGAACGUUUCACGAUUUCCCUCUUGUUGCUCUGGCAAAAAUAAAAUUUCUUGUAAUCCAUACAAAUUAGUUCAUGUGUACGGAUAAGAUCAAAUUGUAGGGUAAUAAUUUUUCUUCCCUGAUCAGUGUUUUCGGAAAAAAUGAAAUAGCGUUUUAUUGACAUUGCUGCUGUUAUAAUAGUGCCACAUUGCUUAGGACCAGUUAAACUUGUGGCGAAAAUGCAGGUUUUCUCUUCAUUCAUAGACGAUUACUUUUAAACUAAUGGAAAGUUUUUGAAUAUUAGAGUGUCAUGUUUUUUCCCUAGGUUGUGAAUGCCUCAUUUAUAUUCCUCACUAGCCAAAGUCUGAGAUAAUCAGGAUGGAUAUGAAGGGGUAUGCUACGAUAGUUCUGCGUUAAUUGAGUGAACUAAAACACGUUGUUAAAAUACAAUAGUUUACUCGAUCCAUGACUAAUUGGAUUUACAAUGGAAGCCUGGAAUAUUUAAUAAUUGGACUUUACGAUGUAAAAUUAUUAGAGUAAUUCGUACUAGUUGGAGAUAUAUAUUUAUUGUUUAAAUAAGACCAUCAAUCAUGUUCAAAGUUCCCAGACAUUUGAAAAACUAGGAAAGCUUGAUAAAUAGUUAUACAUAAAUUGCAUGGAAUGGACUAUAAAGAUGUUAAUAGAUACACAACAUGAUCCACCUAAUCGGUCAAAAUUUUAUUUUUAUAAAAUAAAAAAGGGAAGCUAGUUGGAACGGCAAAAACUUGCAAUUAAUUCAUAGUAAAAUAUGAAGUCAUCCUUCCCGAUUGAUGUUCAUUCGAUUUUCGAAGUUUCUCGGAAUUAAAUAUGUGAAAUGGGGAGGGGGGGGUGUAUAAUCUCCACUUUCUAUGCUUAGGUUCGAAGUUUCUCUGAAAGGGAAAAAUAGACCGUUAAGUUGGAGAAUAUGGUAACACUGCAACCUAGCAGGCUGUGCUCAUCGUCUUAAUUACGAAUAAUGGCAUCAGGAUAUUGUCUGUCAUUUCUACUGACAGGAUGUUAGUGUCGUAUUAACAAUAUCUUAGAAUGACAAUGAUGGCUAACAAAAUGACUUUUUAAUGGGGCCUUCUUGCUCAUUUAUUGAACAGGGAUGUUUUUAUUCAUGAUCCCAGAACCAUACAAUUUCUUUUUGAAGCCUCUAGGGCCCUUCAUGAUGGUAUCAACUUUUCAAGUUCAAAGAAUGGAAAUCAUACAAUAGCUGGGCUCAUAUGUCGUUUUGUUCAGACGGUAACUUUCAGUCACAUUCAUUCAUUUUUUGCGUGAGCAUGGAAUUUGAAGGCCUGUUUAUUGUAGGUUGACUUUGGUGAUGAAAUGGAGGGCCAAUUGCAAUUUUUGGUUGAGUGUCGUGUUGCCUUCAGAAACAUCAACGAGUUAAAGGUUUUCACAGUGUGAAAAUUAAGUUUACUAAUUCAGCGUCAAAAGCUUUGUUGAAGCUCAAGUGAAUUCGAAUUUUCGUAAAAUAUUUUUAUUUUUCAGGUGUACUUCAUUCACUCAAGCAAUGCUUUGGCAACCAGAGGAAUUAAAAAUGUGGAUAAGUUUCUAGGUUUCAUUAGAGCUUGUAUUGCAUUUAGUGAAGUUACAAUACCUUCUAUUUUAGAUGCAUCGUGCUGUCUGAAUCUAUAUCUCGAAACUGCUGAGGUAUGUCUUCCUAGUUCUCACAUGUGCACUUGCUAUACAAUUAAAAAUUGAUCUGACAAUUGUUUUUCCUGUUAUUAUAGGUUGCCUUGUCAGCUGGUUUGAUUUCUCACGUUGAUGGACUUGUUGGCGCAGCAAUCAGCUGUUUGGAAAGCACCAACUUGAAUAUAGGUUGUUUUAUUUAG